UUGUCAAAUGAUUUUUGUCAUCAUUUUAGGAGGUGGACGGAGGCGAGCAGGCACUGGAUUCCAGGUUGAACUCUUUGAGAGGCACCAGUGAACUUUGAGCCUUCAAAGCCCCGUCUGUGCAUCCCAGUGCCCUGACAGAGUCCAGCUGAGGGUAUAAAACGCUCAAACUCAGACUGACGCGUCAGUCUCGUCUGAGUACUCGCCGUCCGAGGGGGAGAGAGCGCCAUGGGGGACUCAAAGCUCUGCCUUUUGCUGCUCCUCAGCACAAGCGCCUUGACUUUUGCCCAGGAUGAAGCCUUUUCUACCUGUCUGUUGGACCAAAGAUACAAAGCUCUGCACAAGUAUGAAUACCAGUAUGAGGCUGAAUCUUUGAAUUCCAUCAACGGAGCUUCAAAGCUUCAGAACGGACCCAAAGUCUCCUGCAAGGUUGAAAUCGAAGUGCCACAGACUUGCAGCUUCAUCAUCCGCACCAGCGGCUGCAGCCUGAGCGAGGUCGCAGACCUGGACGCAGACGGCAACUCUGUGUUCAGGCCUGCAGUCAACUCUGAUGCCUUCGCUGCUGAAAUGGAACGAUAUCCCCUAAAAGUUGUAGUUGAGGGUGAGUAUGAUGUGAAACUGUACCCUGAAGAUGGAGAGUCAACAACUAUUCUCAACUUCAAGAGGGGUAUCGUCUCUGCCUUGGCGGUGCCUGCACUGCAAGAGGACAAGAACAAGUACAUGCCCACUAUCCACGGCAAGUGCAGGACCUCCUACAAUAUCAACGCCAGAGAGGACAUCAUCACAGACAUCAGUCUGAAGAGGGAUUUGUCCAGAUGUGACAAAUUUGUGCCAAUCAGAGAUCACAACAGCCCUCUGGCACUCAUCACAGGCAUGCACUACCCCUUAUCUCAGCUGGUCAGAAGCUCCCAAACCUGCAACUACAAGUUUGACAAUGAGAAGAAGCACAUGACUUCUGGUUCCUGCACAGAGACUCACAUCCUCAUCCCAUUUUCACACAAAGGCAUACAUGGAGUUACUAAUGUCGGAAAACAAGAACUUACUCUGGUUCAGAUGUCAGCUCACAACGACAGAGUUUUUGACCGCGGUGACAUUGUGAAGGAUCUUCACAUGGAGGCAGUGAAGGACAAAAGUGCCAUCCAGGACAAAGAAGCAGCGCUGACUCUCAUGAGAGAACUGGUCGCCCUGCCCGAUGAUGAAGGCGAGAGGAGGGCCCACCUCUUCCAAAAGAUUGUCUCCGUAGUCCGUGGAAUGAAGACCGAAACCCUGAGCCCUGCUGUUCCUGAGGCUCUGGGCGUGUGCCGCUUCCUGACCUACCAGGUUCUAGCUCAGUGUGGAACCCCUGAAUGCAGCAGUGCCAUCAUGCAGAUCCUCAGGACCUUUGACAGCACCUCCCUGGAGGUUGAUGCAUCUGUUUUUGCUCUGGGAUUCAUGGCUAACCCCUCAGCCCUCCUGAUCAACGACAUGCUGCAGAUGGCAAAGUUUAAGUCCAGCAAGCCCAUCAUGUACGCCUUGAGCAACGUCGUCAAGAGGUUUUACAAAGCAGAGAAAAUAAUUAUUCCUGAGAUUCAUUCUGUCGCUGAGUUCAUGGCUGCUGAGCUGGGCGACUGCACUGGAGACCAGGACCAAGCUUUCCUGACGUUGAGGGUGAUUGGAAAUAUGGCUCCAGCUGUGUUUCCUGCUAGUCCUGCUCUCAGAAAUGCAGUCCUCCAGUGUGUUAACCAACCAGCUGCCAACAAACAAGUACAGCAGGCUGCCAUCCAGGUGUACAGACAAGUUGCCGUUCCUGAAGAGACAAGGACGGUGUUGAUGGAGGUGCUGUUGAACAGUGGCAACCCUGAGCAACAACGCAUUGCUGCAUAUCUGGUGUUGAUGAAAGACCCCCAAACAAGUGAGCUCACCCAACUGGAUGGAGCUUUGACCAGCGAAGAAGACCAGCAGCUCAAGAACUUUGUCAUGUCCCACAUCCAAAACAUUUUGUCAUCAACUGAUCCUGAGACCCAACAAAUCAGAGACAAGAUUUAUGAAGCCAUGAAAAAUACCGCGAUUGAACCAAUUAUUAACCCCACCAAGUUUUCUGGCAACUAUAAGCUCGGUUCUCUGGAGAGCAACAUGAUCUUUGACCGUAGCAGCUACCUGCCCAAGGAGGUCAUGCUUGACAUGACUCUGAAGGCUUUCGGCUUUGAGAUUGACAUGAUGGAGAUUGGAAUGGAGGGCAAAGGAUUUGAGCCAACAGUUGAUGCCCUGUUUGGAGAGAACGGGUUCUUCCCAGACACCACCUUGAAGGCCAUUUACCUUGUCGCUGAAAACAUGCCAGAUGCAGUCAGCGAGAUGUUGAGGAACAUCGUUCCUUCUUCAAUGAACAACAGAAAGAAGAGGGAGACUUCCCAGAAUCUCAUUAGGGGAAUUGGGCAAAACUUUGAAAAACUGGUGAGGGAGCUGAAGGCCGCAGAGUCUCCAGAGGCGAUGGUUUAUCUGAGACUCUUGGGAAAUGAGCUGGGGUAUCUGAAGACCGGAGAUUUCCAGGAGAUGGCCAACUCUGCUGUAAUCAUGUUUGACCGCAUGCUCAAGAUGUUUUCAAAAGAUAUAAUCAAGUCUUUGGUGACGAGCCCUGACGUCGCACUUUUUGCCCACUAUAUCUUCAUGGACAAUGAAUUCUUCUUGCCUACCGUCACUGGUGUGCCGCUGAGGGUUUCUCUGUCUGGCACCUUUGCUCCAGGCUUUAAGAGAAGCCUUCAGAUUGCUCGAGAUUUGAGCACAGUGAGUUUCAUGCCAUUCGCUGGACUAGAGUUCGUCACUCAAGUUGGCUCACACAUCCCUGAAUUUGUUGAUUCUGGGCUGGAGAUGCACACAAACUUUUUCCUUGAGAGAGGGAUCAAAGCCAAAAUCUCAAUGGGAAAUGAACAGAUCAAGCUGACGAUUCCUGCUCCAACGAAUCCCACGAAGCUCCUCAAAAUGACAAACACUCUUGUAGCAGUGGUUGGAUCAGAGGUGAAAACAAUCCCUCCACUGGUGACUGACAAGGUGGAUGUUACCAAAUGCUCGACAGCCUUGGCUGGCAUGAAAAUCUGCACUGCUCUGCAAUAUACAGAUGCAUUUUCUCACAAGACAGCCCCUUACUUCCCCAUCACUGGAGACAGCAAAUUUUCCGUGGAGCUGCACCCCACCGGUGACGUCACCGAGUACACAGCCACCAUCGCAUAUGAGCUGUUAAAGGAGGGAGAAGAAGGCCGACAGAAGGUGGACUCUCUAAAGUUUGUUGUCAGAGUUGAAGGGGCAGAUCCAACUGAAGCCACAGCGGUGAUGAAGUUCAACAGAAAGAAGAACACCCUCACGAUGGACGUCCAAAUCCCCGACUUUGACAUUGAAGAUGGUAUCAGACUUGGAUUUGUUGAUGGAAAAAGAGGCAAAGGAACAAACUCACUUGUCACUUUUGAGUUUUUGCACAAAAACCUUCCAGAGCUCACACUCAUUGGUCGCUCCAGCCUGAAGAACAUGAAAGAAGGAAUGCUGCAAGUCCAACUCUUGGUUCCCUCGAUGAACGUUGAUGCCUCUGUCACGGCUAAAGCUAAACGUGAGGAAGAACUGGAACUGGAACUUGAGAGUGAUGUUAAGAUCAUGGGUGCUACAUCCAACCAGAAAUUUGAUCUAAGAUACGAUGGCAAAGAGAUUGAAGCUGAGGUGAAGUCAGAAGUGAACACCCAAACCAGCUCUCUCCCCAAUGGACAGUUUAUUGAAAAGUACGGUAACGAGAUUCUUGACAUGAAGGUGGGAAAAACUGACAUGAAAGUUCGUCACAUCUUCAGGAAAUUUGUGGAGGCUGCAAAUAAUUACAUGGAAAAAUAUGGCGAAGAAAUGCUUCCCUACAUGCAGAACUUUAGACUGCCCGACAUUCCUGAGGUCUCCCUUCCAGAGACGCUUUUCCUAAACACAGAAGCAAAGGCAAUCUACACCUUCAAUGAGGAGUGGGUAGAAAUUACUGUCCCUGUGCUUUUUGGAGGAAAGUCAAGAGACGAGCUUAACUUCCCUCCAGCGCUGAGCACCCCAAGAGUGUCUCUGCCACAGUUUGGACUGGAAAUUGCUUCCAGGACGAUUUCCAUCCCAGACUUUGUUGUCCCUGAAAACCACAAUUUUUUUAUUCCACUUUUUGGCAAAGCUGAGGUUUCGACUAAGAUGGAGAGCAACCUGUAUGACAUGGAGGCCUCAGUGGCGUUCGGUAAAGAUGUCGUUGAACCACCAAGCUACUCGGCUAAGUUUGAUGUGAAAGGAAACUCUCCAAUUGACAUCCUUACAGUUGCAGUUGAAGGUUCUGGAAUGGUGUCCUCCAGAGAUUCCAUCAAGGCUCAGCUAAAGAGUGCUCUAACCCACAAGUUCAUUCAAGCCAGUUUUAAUUUUGAAGAAGAUAUACUCAUCAAGGAGAAAAUCAGUUGGAAUUCAGUGAGCAAGAUCGAGGCCACAAGUCCUCUGGGUCUUAACGUCGACGUCCAACACACUGGGACGGCUGGAAUCCACACUGAAGAAAUCUCAGGUGAAAGCAAAUUUGAAGGAAUGUUUCAGGCGGGGCCCAUCAAUGGCAAGACUACUUCAGACCAGUCGUUUUCCAUGUACCCAUUCCAACCAAAAGCAACUUUUGAUUCUAGUGUUGAGAUUGACUCCACUGUUUUCAAGGGGAAGAACAAGAUGGCAGUCAAACUGGCUCAAGGCAAUUUUCUUGUUGAGUCUUAUACUAAUGCUUUGGGAGAUGUCUUCAUCCAUGACGCCAAACUUGAAUUUGCAAACUCCAUUCUGUCAGUGAAUUGUGACACUUCUGCCACUGCUCUUGGGAUGAAGAUUCGCAACCAGGCAGAGGCUGCUGUCAGAGAGGGUAAAGUCACCAUCAAAGUUGAGACUAACAGCGAGCACUCUGACAACCAAGUUCACUCUCUGCUGACGGCCUCUUUUAACCAAAACGGUCUAGUCAUAAACUCAGAAGCAAAUGUGAACCUUCUCAGGAAUAAGGCACUCCACAAGGCCACCCUCACAAUGAACAAGGAUGGUUUGAUUACAAGUGGAACAUCAACCCUGGAAAGUCCUCUGUUUUUGGAAAAUACCUUCAAUGGUGAAGUUAAAAGCACAGGAGCCACUCUAUCGGUUUCCAACAAAGCUGCAAUGUAUGAUGUCAAGUUCGACAAUAUCAACAAUCUGGCCAUUACACCCUCUAGCUUUGACUUCAACUCACAGGCCGAAGCAAUUGCAAGUGAAUAUGCCUCUUACAAGCACAAGUACAACUUCAACCUGAAACCCUAUAUCGCCUCUGCAACUAUUAAUAACAACCUGGAGGUCCUUGGUGCCAAUCUCGUCAAUGAAGCAGUGCUGAACGCAGAGCUUUACAAGAUGGACCUCACUGGCAGCUUGAAGACUACGUAUGCAGAAGAAGAAAUCAAGCACACCUACCAGCUCAACUAUGCAGAUUUGAGUGCAAACGCAAAGUGCAGCACUACUGGAAAACUCUUUGGCACUCACAUGAGUCACCAAACUGAACUGGAGAUUGUGGGACUAGCUGCCACGUUCAACAACGAUGCCCGCUUCAACUCCCAUCCGAUGCGCUUUGACCACACCAUUCGUUGCAGCGUUGUUCCCUUUGAUUUCAACCUUGAUUCUAUCUUCAAUGCGGAUGGUGAUGUGGAUUUGUACGGGAAGCACAGUGCCCAGCUUUUUGGCAAAUUCAACCUCAGAACCCAACCCCUGGCGUUUGCCGCCUCCCAUGAAUGCAGAGCAUCAAUGACCCACCAGCUGGGCAAUGGCUUUUCCCUUCACUCCACAUACGACAACAAGAUGGACACGGUUCUGUCGCCCCAGGAGCAGAAGAGCAGUUUUAGAAUUAAGUCUAAAAUGAAUCAGCAUGAAUUUAAUGAGGACAUUGAUAUCUACAACACUGCCGAUAAGAUUGGAGUUGAGGUUUCUGGCACCAUCCUCACAAACAUAAUCAACACGGCCUCUGAUGAAAACCAGGAGUUCACUCUCUCUGGCUUCCUCAAGUAUGACAGGAACUUAAACACUCGUAUAAUUUCCAUCCCUUUGAUUGAAAAUCUGCCAACAAUCUUAGAGAACAUCAAGGGAGUUGUUGUACAUCUGGCUGAAACUCUGCAAAACAUCCUGAACGACAUGGAAGUGAGGGCUAAACUUGAGGCUCUCCCCCAGCAAAUCAGUAACUGCAUUGAGGAAAUGAAUAUUGAAGGCAAGAUGAUUCAACUAAAGGAAUACAUUAAUAAUUUGGCGCAGAACUUUGCCAUCUCCGUGGAGGAUAUGGAGGCCUCUUUCAGAAACGUAAAUAUUAAUGUUAAGAAACUUCUGUCUGAUUUUGCUAUUAGCAUCCAACGUUUUACUAGUAUCAUCGAGGAAAUUCUUUCCAAUUUUGGUUUUCCAGAAUACCUGGUUCAGAAGAUUGAGGAACUGUGGAAGAAGUAUGAAAUCAAAGAAGUUAUCUUGUACAUCAUUGAUGCCGUAAGAGAGAUGAUCCAGGAGAUUGACUUAGAAAAACUGAAGGACAGCAGCGUUGCAUUUCUGCAUGACAUUGAGCACAAGUUUGAAAUCAGGGCCAAAGUACAAGAAAUUUUGAAUAACAUUAGAACAACGUUUGAGAGCUUUGAUAUCGCAACAUUUGCUUCUAACCUACAAAAAUACAUUUCAUCUACAAACUUGAACUACUAUAUUGAAGAUAUCGGCAAAUUAUUGCAGGAAGUUUUUAGCAUUUCACUUGAUAUAAUUAGAAGAAAUGUUGAGCAUUACGACAUUAUCGGAAAGUUCAAUGCAGUCUAUGAUAAAGUGAGGGAACUAAUUGUCAAGUUUGAGGUUGAUAAAUUAUUACAGGCUGUCUUAGAAAAAAGUAUAGACUUCCUUCAACAACUUAAAAUUAAGGAAACUACCCUCGCUGUUAUCAAAAUGGUAGAAGAUGCAGAUAUUCCUUCCAAACUCAUGCAAAAUUUUCAGCAAAGUAUCAAUUACCUGAAAGACAGUGAAGUGAAGACCAUCAUCGAUCAACUGAAUAAUCUCAUUGGAACUGUUGUGGAAAACCUUAAGGCUUUGGAUUACAAUGCACUUGUGAAUCUAACCAAUCAAAAGAUUGCUGCGUACAACGCAUUUGUGAAUGAGAAGAUCAGGACUUUGGAAAUUCCCCAGAAACUUGAAGCAACAAGAGAAUUAAUAAAUGCUGUCCUUUCCUCCAUCAAGAACUUUAUGGAACACCUUCGAGAAAUUAAAGUUGCAGACGUAACAAAAUCUACAAAUGAUCUACUUCAAGCAACAGUGUGGGAGCCUCUGAAGAAGCUUGCCGAGGACUUAAGAGAAGAAAUCAGAACUUUAAAUGUGAAGCCAGAAAUUUCCUUUUUCCUGCAAAGUGUUGGUCGGUUUUACAUGAAAAUUGUGUCCACUUUGAGUGACAAUUUCACUCAUCUUUUCAAGAUAGUAAAGGAGUGGCUACCCGACCAACCAAUCGUCACAGAGAUUCAGCAAAUCAUCGAAGGGCUCCUUUCUGAACUGAAGAAAGCUGAGAUCAAUGUCCCAUCGUUCACCAUUCCUCUUACAGAUAUAGUCGUGCCUUCCACGAAAUUCAGUAUGGACAUUUUGAAAAACUACCAACUACCCUCCCAGAUUGACAUCCCUGAAUUCACGUUUAUGGGCAUGUAUACGUUUAAGGCAACCACAAUUUCUUGUGAUGACAUCAAGAACAAAAUUUUGGCAUUCAUUGACUUCCUACUCAACUUUGACAUCCAAAUGUUGCCAGAGGAUUCUUUCUUUGGAGAUUUGAGGAUAAAUUAUUUUCCAACCUUGCCUGAUUUCACCUUUCCAGAAUUCCCCUUUUCAGAAAUGACAUUCCCCACCAUCCCAGUAAUGCCAGUAGAGAAACUUGUGAAGUCUCUUGAGAUUCCAGAGAUCAAAUUACCUACCGUUCCAAAAGAGAUUAUGCUUCCAUUAUUUGGUAAACUCUAUGCAGAAAUCAAGUUAAACACUCCCGUCUACGUCUUUAAGACCACCGCAGAUUUUCAGAAUGCCACUGAAUCUAAAAUAACACCCCUGUUCACUGGAUCGUUCUCUUCUGAGGGGACGUCUCAGUAUUCGGACAUACUCACCUACAAAUUUGACUCCACUACUCGCAUGUCAAUACCAAAAAUGAAGCGUGUGGUCAUCGCAGAGACUAUAAAGCUCAAGCAUGUUGCCUUUGGAUUUGAUCAUCAGGGUUCUGUGACUUUCUACGGUCUAUCAGUCCAGGCCCAUGCAAAGACCACAAGUGAGGUUUUGCUUUUACCUAUCAGAGGCAAAUUACAGAACACCGCCUUUAUAGCUGUAGAGAGAGGAAUGACAGCCUCUAGUGACACCAAGUACAGUCAUAACGUGCAAAUUCCAUUGGUCGAAAGUGAAUUUUCUGCAACCCAAAAGACAAUCCUUCGCAUGGAUGGCUUCACUAUCUCCUUAACAUGCGAAUCUACUGGCAAGGGGCAGUUAAAUGGCCAGGAUGGCACACACAACAGCAACUUUGAGUUGACACUCAAACCGACCAUUUCUAUCUUCUCCCUCUCCAGUGACACAAACUUUAUUGUAUUUGAGACAAAACAACUUCUAACAAGUGAAUUCCGUCCAUUACAAGACUUUAAGUUCAAUGUUAGCAAUGACAUAAGGGCUAGGGAUAUGGGCCUUGAAUUCAGCACUCUUGAAGCUUCUGGACUUGCAAGUCUUCGUGAAAUGAAGAUUGAGCUGGACGCAAAGCACAACACAAAAUCAUAUGGUAUCGACAGAAUCCUCAUCUCAAAUGAAUUCAUCUACCGAAUCUGCCCAGUUGAGUUUAACUUUAACUUCACAAACAAAGGAAGUGCAAGAGUCAAUAUAGUUCACCCCUAUACGGCUAAGGUUGAUCUACAGAACGACUACUUCAUCCAUUUGAAGCCAGAUGGUCAAAAAUUCAACACAAUUUUCCUGGCUCGCCUCAAUCCAUACAAAAUCUCCUCCAACUUCCGGGUAGAGAAUAACUUAAAGGAGGCCGGUGUCUUUGUGGACGUAAACGGUGAAGCUAACUUGGACUUCCUCACAACACCUAUCAGCAUUCCUGAAAUUGACCUGCCUUUUAUCAACUUCCAUUCUCCAGCCAUCAAUGACGUGAACCUGUAUGAGGAUACUGGACUGAAGAGUAUCCUGACCACAACUGACCAAGCUAUUGAUGCAGAAGCCAAGAUUGUUUACCAGAAAAGCAAUGCUGCCCCACUUGCAGAUAUAAAGGGUUUGAUUUCCAUUCCCUCUUUGGGCAACCUCGUCACCGAGCUGUCUUUCAAGUCUGCCAUCAUCAAUCUGAACAGCAAGGCUGAAAUGGUUAGAGAAGAGGAUCUAGUGUUCCGCCUUAGUGCCACCACUGCUUCUGUGUUUGAGUCUCUGACAGCUAAACUUGAAGGCACCAGCAGUCUAACCACCAAGAGAGGAAUCAAGUGGGCCAACUCCCUGUCUCUUGAAAAUCCUCACCUUAAUGGCAAUCAUGGCAGCACCAUGAGUAUUAGCACUGACACUUUGGAAACAGCUGUCUCUGUGGAUACAUCGGCCAAAAUCGUCCUUCCAGUUCUCAACGUUGAAGCCAGCCAUUCACUGGUCGCCAACAACCAGCCCAAAGCCGAUGCUGUUUCCACUUUUAAUAUAAAAGGUGAUUUUAACAUCCCUCUUUUUGCCGCUACUGGGAAGAUAACAGCAGAUCACAAUCUGAAGAUGGAGACAACUUCUGACUUUGUUUCUGUGGACUCAACUAUUAAAUCAAGUGUGGAUGGAAAAGUUUUGAAAAACUACAUCAUUUUAGGGUUCCUGGACAAUGAGGCGAAUCUCUAUGUGAAUGGAAGACUCAUGCGCAUUAGUUCUAAGCUCAGUACUGAUGCCAAACUUAACCGGGACACAGUCAAAAUCAUUAACAUGGAUGUAAACAACAAUCUGGCUUUAGAAGCCUCCAUGGAUAAAAUUUAUGCACAACUGAAGUACACCGGAAACAAUGAAGCAAAUCUUUUUGGAAUCCAAACCACUGGGAAGCACAGCGUUCAGAACAGCAUUGACUUCACACCAUCCUCUGGACUAAAAGCGGAUUUUGUGAUUGAUAUACGUCAGCCAAGCAAUCUGAGUGAAUUUACUUACCUGGAGAAGUUUUCUGCUGAUAUUACACCGUCCAGCCAAAAGAUCUAUUUCGAAAACAAGCUUGACAGUCUUCUUUACACCGUAAACAAUAACGCUGUUUUGGAGGGCAGUUUUCCCGCCUUCACGGCAACAUUCAAGUCCUCUGCCUCCACUCCCAUUGUUCUCUUGGAAUAUGAUGUAGAUGCUUCUACUUCUGUCAGCUUUGCAAACGACCUUUUGGAAGUGCUUAACAAGUUUGCUUUGACACACUCAAAGCUGACAGUGACUACCAACUAUUUAAUAACCAAAGCUUUGAGAAGACAAACUGAAGAUGACGACAGCUGCUCUCGUCAGAAAUUAAAUGUUGACAUCACCAGUCCUUUGUUCACCGAAGUCAACCUUCGUUAUGCCGCACAGAAAUGUGCCAUCAGUGCAUCUGUAUCUACUACCUCAGGUUCCCAGAUCGGCCUUCAGCUCAAAAACCUAAACCCAUGCCAGAUAAAUGCAAGAGUAUAUGCUGUUUAUCCUUCUGUCACGGAGACUGAUGUUGACAUCUUGGUCAUCAAAUCUUCUGAAGAUGCUGACAAGCCAAACCUUCAGAUUGUCUACAACCAGGAGGCGUCUAAACUGAUCCUCACUGAGCUCAAGAAUAAAGUCCCCUCCAUCAUCUCUGCAUUCAAAACAUUUGCUGAAGAGUAUCACAUUACAAAGACCUUAGAGAUUCUGAAGGACACCAUCAUCCAGUGCGUCAGCGACUCCUAUCAUGCUGCUUCCAAAUAUGAUUUUAAUAAAAGUCAAAUGUCCAAUUACUUUAGGUACACGGUUGUCCAAUACCAGAAAUCAGUCCAAGCCUUUUCAAAUGCAGUUGUCAGGGUCUUGAAGGAGCUCCGCUUCAGACUGCCAGGGACCGAUAAGAUGAUCACUCUGCCUGAGCUGCUGAAGUGGCUGACUGAAACUGUUGCUGACGUGCUGCAAAAAGAUGUCCCCUUAUACUACAACCAAUUUGUUGAUGAGAUAAGCCAAGUCCUAAUGCAAAUACCUGCUGGUGAUGCUGUUAAAAGAGCUCAAAUCAUUGAUCAGGUCAAAACAACUGUGAGGCAGCUCAUUGAAGCAGCGGUGGACUUUGUGAAGAAACUGGAGUCUCUUGACACAAUUCUGAUGAGAAUAGAUGAGACCCUGGAGGCGUUUGUUCAGAAAACUCAAGGCUUUGUUGACUCUAUCAAGUCUGACUAUUUUGAUGAAGUGUUCAGCAAACUCAACAGGCUCAAUCACGAUUUUGUCACAGUCUUAAAGGUGAUAGCUGACCACGACCUUCCUUUCCGUGUGGAAGACCUCAGCAGAGAGCUUGAGGAGGCAAUGGACACGAUCAUCCAAAUGUUGGACCAAUUCAAUAACGCCGUGUACGACUCACUGCAGCAACUGUCACAGGAACUGCAGAACUUUGUGACCGUUAGAGACGGGAAGUUUGACGUUAACCUUCCUUAUUAUCCUUGUGAGGCUUAAGUAAUCCCCUCAGAGAGAGGAGAAUUAAAGAGUAUUUGUUUAAGGUCAGCUAAAGUACAGACACCACAGAAGUAUUUAUAGCAGUAGAUUUCAGUGAAACAUUUGUGUCAUUUGAUUGGGAUGGUUUGUGCUGUAAAGAAAACCUCAUUAGCAUGAAGAUCUCUGUCAAGUCAAGAGGAAAAGAAAAAUAAAAGCUGUGAAAAUA